UCAAAGCCGUUCCGAAUAACGGAACGAACACUUCUCGACGAAAGAGGUGGAGGAGGGGGACAGUCGCCUACCCCUCGGAACACUUCCGAGCCCCUGACGCGAGCGAGGGGGCUAACCCAGGCCCCGUGCCCCGAGGGGCAGGGGAGCGUCUGCGGCGAGGUGGUGGGGGGCAAUGACGAGGAGGAUCGUUCGGGCCCCGUCCUCAUUUUGCUCUCGUUUUCGGCCACUGGGAGAGCUCCUCUGCCGGACCUCAGUGUGGAGAGGGGGCGAGGUGGCAUCCGCGAGAGUAGUCCUCCUAUAAAGCCCAAACUCUUCCUCAAUGGCAGGCUCAGUCCGGUGGCUCUUGGUCGUUGCGGUCGUUCGUGGAUUUUUGGGGGACCUGCGGUUUUUUCCUUCGAAAGUGCGCGAUUGUGUGGCGUGCUCCUCCUCGCUCAGCAUGACGCGAAGACGGACUGUGUCGAUGCUGCCGUCUUGCAUUGCGCUGCUGGGGCUCAUGCUGUCGACUUUCCCGGCUACCAGCGCAGCCGUUUCAUCGACGUCGGCGAGUCCAACUGCGACGAAAGACAUGGAGGCCAAGGAGUCAUCAAAGUCCCUCGUGACUCUCACACCUCCUUCGAUCACCCAUUCUGCGUCUUACCAGUACGGCUACGAGGUGGGCACAGUGGACUCAACGCUGUUCAAGGGCCAGGCGAAAGAGCAAGGCGGGUUGACUCGUGGCACGUACGCCUACAAAGACGACAGCGGGCAGUACCGACAGGUGGAAGACAAGGCCCCGACACCGACGGCGGCGACCUUCACCACGCAGACGGAUUCGGUGUUGCAGAAGCUCAAGCAGAGCGACAAAGCGCAAGUCUUCUUCGAACCCAAGGCCCCAACUAAGGAGGAGGCGUCUUCCCUUAUCACCAGCUACGAAAUUCCGCGCGCGUCCGCGAUUCCAAAGAAGGGUCAAGCAAACAAUGGCGAGGCGACAUCCAACGCUCCGCCUAAACCUGCUUUCUUCGAUCAACCGGCUAAAGUAGAAAGGAAAGUAGUGGUCACUUCUGGAGGCGGAGGAUCCCUGCCUCUGACGCAGCGGCAGCAGAAACGAGUCACCGUCAUCCACAAGUCUACUCAUUCGGAGCAAUCUUCGGACAAAUCUAGGUCGUCACCGAGAACAUUUACGAAGACAUUCAGGGGUCCGCAGUACCGGCCGACGCUCAGACCGCAAGUUAGGUACAGAACAACGUCACCCCCAUCCAACGUAGACUAUGACUUUAAGACAAGCCACAAAAGUGAAGGCCCGAGACAAACUACUCAGGACAAUGGAGAGCAACAGCAAGGCCAGUCACUCACAACUGAAGAAAGUUACACGCAAGAGCAGCGUUCAAACAGCAGAACGUACAGCAAACAACGGCUUCAUCACAGAGAAAACACUGGAAAGGCGUAUGAGGUAAGAACACCUCACGCGACACAAUACAUGAGCUUCGGGGACGUCAGCAAGGAGUCCCAUCACCCAGCAAUUCAUAAACCUGAAGAUUCAACACAAACCCAGCAGUACCCGGAUCAAACUUCAAAGCAAUCCGGGUACAAACCUUACACCUCCUCACCAUCAUACGACACAACUGUAUCAGGACAACAGAACAAAGACGGGGGAGGAGGGAACUACGGGGGAACGUCUCAGCAGGGUUCGUACUAUAACCAGGGCUACAGCGGUCAGAACGCUGGAGAUCAAAGUGUUACUGUCGGAGCAACUACGAAGGUAUCAGGAUACAACCAAGAUUAUCAAGCAGGCUACCAAGGAACGAAUACACGCAAUGAUCAAUACGAAUACCACCGAGGAACAGCUUAUCCGGCACGAGUCAGCGACAACUCGCAACAAACACAAGGAACGUCAACAAAAUCGAAUUCUUACAAGACAGGAUACCAGGCGAAUGACCGGGUAAACACAGGACAGUAUCAAGAUACGAACCCCGGUUCCUCUCAACAAGGAUCAUAUCAGUCACAAUCCUACAGCACCAACUCCGAGCCACCUCAAGGCCUAAUAGAAGCGUUGCCAAAAGCGUCCUAUUUUAAAUCUGACUACCAGUCUAAUAACAAGCAGCAAUCUACGCCACGGCCGCAGACAUUUAAGCCCAGUUAUCAAGCCUACAAAGAAAAGAACACUCAUCAAGGCAGCAACGGUCAAAAUCAAAACGUCGGUAGCUAUACGAGAAGUUCAAGUGGCGCCGGCAACUAUAGGUUGGAAAUCAAUCACGGGAGCAAUAAACAAGCCCAGAACGCCCCAGCUCAGAGCAGCCAUUACCAACAGGCACAAUCAUUAUCGCAAAGUCAAACGCCAACGAAUAGUCAGACAGCCAGCAAACAGCAAACAGCUCAGUAUUCGAAGCCGGCGCCACCUCCACUUCGCAACCUGCCCGUUACUCACAGGCCACAAGUUCAACAGGGGGCGCAACAGAUAUCGGUGCCACCACCACCACCUACCCCAGCACCCCAAGACGCGCAGGUACUCCUCGUAGAAAUCAACAAUCAACAAGGGCAAGCUCAUAUACAAGCUCAACAACUCAAUGCCCAACAGCAGGCUCAACUGUUUCAGCAGCGCCCGUUUAAUCAGCUAUUUCAAAACCAACAAACUAUUCCACUUGAACAAGCGUUACAGUUCUUCAACAAUGGACAGAACCAAGGCUUUAGAGUUCCAAUAAUUGAAAUGGGUGCCCCGUUGAUGGGGAACCUGGCUCAAUCGCCCAACUUUUUCGACAUCAGACAGCAGAUUCAGCAGCAAUUGCAGCAACAGCAACACCAGGCCCAGCAGCCGUUCCUUUUCGGAAGACCCGAUGCCCUCCAGCAGAUGCUCAAACAGCAGCAGCAACAGCAGUUCUUCAUGCCUCAAAACCAAGGCUUCCAGAAAAUCAUAACGCAAGGCCCAGUGCCAAUUGAGCUGAAAGUGGAGCCCCUUUACGACAUGAACAAAGGAGCGGGACAUAAUAUCGGCAUCAAAGACGUUCGCGUGCAAGCCCUGAAGCCUAUCAAGCUCCCAUUGCAAGGACAAGUUCAAAGCGGGGGUCAAAACUCCGGUCAAUCUUCAAACAAUGGCAUGCCGUACGAAGUCAGCAUGCUCGUUGAUGCCGCCAAAAAGGCUCUGAUGUCCACUGGAGCUUUCCCCAAGCAAGAGGUUUUCGUUGUAGAUGCUUCUCAGGGUGGCCAACUUCCGUAUAACGUUCUGCAAGCGAUUCAGCAAGCAGCGAUAAGAGACUCGCCAAGGGGUGGAGGCGAUGGGGGCGGUCAUCAGUCCAAGGACUCUGCCCACAUACACCAGCAACAAAAAGUCAACCUUGGGCAGGCGUUUCCGGGAGCUACGAGCGUUAAGGUGAACGACAAGAUGAACGUCCAGGUGGCGGGACUCUUGGUCAACAACCAGGGCCUGUUUCCUAAGCAUCUACUGCAAGGCAUCGGAACAUCUCAGCUUCGUUUCAACGAACCUCUCAAUGUGCACAUCCCGAUCGGCGAACUUCCACCCCGACCAGCCGUCAAUGUUCGCAUCAAGGGGCCAGACGGAAAGAUCUCUCAAGUGCUGGUGCCUCUUCACGACGCCACGAAGCUUGCUGCUCUGAACAAGUUGGAGAACAACCUACAAGGCGGACAGUUCCAGAAUGGCCCCUUCCAAAACGGACCUUUCCAAGGCAAUCCCUUCCAGGCAGGUCCUUUCCAAGCACAGCACAUUCAGGGCCUUCCUUUCCAAACUGGAGCCUUUCAAGGGAGCAGAGGAUUUCACGCCAUCCCAGCGCCGGACUUGAGUCAGAAAGAAGGCCUCCUGCUCGGCGGUUCAACACAAGAGCCCGCCUUCGGACUUAUUCCUCAAGGAAACUUUCAGAGACUGGGCGAAAAAGUUAGCCUGAUGGAAGGGCUGCAGCUGGCUGAUUUACCCCACUUUGAUCCUUCAGCUCUUGCGGGAGCAGAGAUGGUUCCACUGCGAUCUUUAUAA